AUGGGCCGUGCUGUCUCCUCACCGGUCAUAACUUUAGCAGGAAUUGUUAAAGCCACCAGUGGAGUGGUGUUACAGUGUGGUGUUACAGUGUGGUGUUACAGUGUGGUGUUACAGUGUGGUGUUACAGGCUGGUAUCCAGAGCCUGAGGUGUUUUGGCUGGACGGUGAGGGAAACCUCCUCUCUGCUGGACCUACAGAGACAGUCAGAGGUCCUGAUGACCUCUAUACUGUCAGCAGCAGAGUGACUGUGGAGAAGAGACACAGCAACAGCUUCACCUGUAGAGUCCAACAGAAGGACAUCAACCAGACCAGAGAGACUCACAUCCAGGUUACAGAUGAUUUCUUUGAGGUCCAGUCCAGUUCUCUGUCCACCAUUAUUGGUUUGGCUGUUAGUUUGGCUGCUUGCAUCCUGUUAAUGUCUGCAGCGACUGUCUUUUUUGUGUACAAAUGGAGACAAAAUGAACUCAAGACCAAGAGAAGCUGCUGUGAUGGAGAAAUGAAGAACCUCUCUAAAAAUUACAAGUUUGUCGCUGAAGGAGAAAGAGAGCAACAGCAGCUCAUGACAGUUGAAACAGUGCAAAUGAAGUUUUUGAACAAUGGAGAAGGAAAAAAGACCAAACAUAAAGUGCCAGACUCUGAGAGUUCUCAGUCUCGGCAGCAGGACGGUACCAGCUCAGCCGGUCAGAGCUCAACAGCAGGACAUGUCAUUGUGGAUGAGGUUGACAAGUCGAGGAAAUAUAUCUCAAAAACACGUCUAGUGAGGACCAAGAACUGGGAGGCUGGACGUUAAAAGUACAAGUCAACGACAGAGCACCCAUCUCAUACACAUUUAAGAAACCAUUGAAACUCAGUCCUGGAAAAAAAGUCAUUAUGUGGGUUCAAGGAUAUGGGACAAAUUAUCCUCCCUCUGACCUGGUGUGGGAUGACCUGAAGUCCUGGAGCCCCAAAGACAAACUGCAGUUCUUCCUCAUCAGCAACACUGAAGAGAUCCAACAUUUCUCAGUUCAUAGUCAAUGAAAGACAAUAAUUAUCCAGCUGUCAUACUUUUUUAUUUUAUCUUACCUUUUUGCUAACUACAAUAAUCACUCCAUUUAGCUUCUUUUAUCACCAACAUGAAAGGACCAUGAUAAAAAGUUACCAUCACACCAAAAUGCUGAACAGUGAAUAGUUCUGUAAUCCAGCAAACCUGAAAACACUGAACAUUAUACAUCAGGAACAGCACGACUCAGCAUGACUAAAAACACAUGUUGUAGUGACGUCCAGUAAACACGAGGUCACAUCACGUCCUGAUCUGGAAUCAACAAAAUGAGACCUUUUUUAUUAAUGUUGAAUCAAAUCUUAUUACAUUUUUCUUCCUCUGGUAUUUUCAACAAUUCAGAACACUUUUUUUCUGAAAGCUCUGAACUCAAGACAAAGACUAAAAUAAUUUAAACUCUACACCAAAGUGUGAGUUUAUGUAACUCAGAAACCUUUUUAUUUGUUUUUGCUGGAUUGAACAUUUAUAUUAAAAUGUAGAGAUUUUUUUGUUAUUCUUUGUUUCCUGUCAAUU